CAAAUCAUACAGAAACAGUUGAAAUCAAAACCCCAAUCUCUACUUUUUAUAUCUUAUCGACUAUUUUAGUAAAUAGUUCAAGUUAAAUCGAUCCAAAUAAGUGUUACGUUAAAAACAAAGUAACUCUUUUUAGAACUGAUUAUCUACAUACAUAAAUAAUUCAUUAUUUACGCGUCUUCUUGGAGAAUGGAGGUAGACGGUGUGGAUUCUCCGAGUAAUACUCUAGACGGAGGAAAGUUCAUAAAUUUAAAACUGUUUGUGACGGCAGCUCGAGAGUUCGAAGCUACUCAUAGUGAAAAUGCUGUCAAUCUAAUGAACCGGUACUUGGGUUUAAUAGCAUCGUCUUGUGAUCUCUCCAUCUUCUCUCCUGGGCGAUCUGAAGUGUGUGCGUUCUUUAGUUCGCUAUGGAGAGUAAUGUGCGAUGGAAGAGGACCACAUUGGGCUGGUGUUGCGGUUUUGUCUCGAGCUUCGAUAGAACCAAAUGCACGACAUGCUCUUACGCAUACGUACAAGUUUAUGCCCAUUUUAUCAAGACUUCUGUCUGAUUCUAUUUCAAAUGACAAAAAAGUUAAGCUUCUCUCAGUAAUGCAGGACAUUUCCUAUGGAAUUAAAAUAAGCUGGCAAGAGUCUUAUUUAUCAAGUCUGAUGAAGCAACUUACGGAGUGGAUAACUCAGCCGAUGACAGAUCCUCAACAAAGGACCAUAGGCCAUAAAUCACUCACAGUCCUUGUGAAUAUAUGCUAUGGAAAUUUACCAGCCAUUUAUGCUUUAAUGAGGACUGUGGAUACUAAGGAUUUUGUUGUACACCUUAUUAAUUUAAAGGAUGGUGGCUAUGGAGGUGUAGAGGUGUGUCGACUUCUCGUCUGCUUGUCAGGAGCGACACGCGGUGCGGCGGCUACGAGACAACCAGACGUACACAGCUACCUUAACUGUACUAUGCGCACCUUCAAUAAGGCUAUUGUUGAUCAAGAUGCCACUCAGCUGUUACAUGCGUAUACUUUCAUCAAUGAUUUGUGCACCGACAACAAUUUGCGUGGUUUUGUUUUGACAUACCCACAUUUUUCACAAGCACUAAAGGAGGCUAUGGAUGACAUUGACAACCUUUGCAAGAUAAAUCCACUAGAUGCUGGAGAGCCUGAACAAAUGAUAGACUGUCUCCGAAACUCGUUGAAAUUUCUCACAGUUCUGGUGAAUUUGGAUCUUUAUUCUCUGAGGUAUCACCACGGUCAUUUGGUUUGCAUAUGUAUGAAGGCCAGUCGAGUUUGCUUACCGGAAGCGUUGGAUCUAUUCGCGGCCAUCGUUGUUCAAUACAGAGAUGAAGGUCGCCUUCCUCAAGAUCUUUUGAGCAUAGUAAACGACGGAUUGCCAGCUCUCCUGGUGCCGCCUGCAUUGGAACCUGGCAAAGCUGGACUGCAGUGGUUACAAGUAGUGGGUGCAUUGUGCGAGUCCAGUGAGACACAAGAGCGAGUAUUGCAACAAGUCACUCCGGACACAUUCGAGGACACUUUGCACAGCGUACUGCAGUACACGUCUCAGAACGGCCCCGUGGGCUUGGAAGCGUCGCAGCAAGCCGUGGUGGUCAGUUGUCGCACAGCGUUGUCUCUGGCGCCUUUACACAACAAAUGGGAGGGUGCUCUAAUCAGAAUAUUAGCUCACCACCAGGUUCGGAAAUAUCUCUGUGCCGGUUUGACUAGUGGCAACGGCACCAGGCGACGACAGAUAUUGCAACUCAUCAAGCACCAUUACUUCCCCUCAGAUCAGAUGAAUCAGGUGUUCGGUGAGAGUCUCCAGCACGUGCAGGACGUUGCGGAGUCUCCGCGCUCCGCUGACGGCGGGGGCGAAGGCUCCGAGACUUGGUGUGCGCCGCGACUGGCGCCCGUGCAGGAGCUCGCUGUCGACCGGCUGGUGGCGGCGCUGAGCGAGGCGCUGCACGCGGGGCGGAUAUCGGAUAUAGCGACAUCUAGCGUGAUGGAGUUGUACGGAUACAAGAUGACGUGCUUGGAGCAAAGAUUGCACUCGCAUACUGUAGCGUUACAGGGGGCAAGUGAACACAUGGCAUCUCUACAGCAUUCGCUGGCGAUGUUGCAAGCGACGAAUUCUUCUCAGCAAGACGUCUUAUACACCACACAGAUGCAAAGCGAAAGACAUAAAAAGACAAUAGAAGACCUACACAAGCAACUUGAAGAUGCGGAGACUACACUGCGCGGUUUCCGCGCCAAAUUAGCCGCAGAGAGACUAGACAAAGAGACCCAAAAAGACAAUUUGCAGAAGGAAUUCAAAGCGCAGCUGUCGAAUAUUGAAAACGAAAUGAAAGCUCGUGAAAGAGAGGCCGAAGAACGUCUGCGACAAGCUGAAUCCGAAAAUAAAGCGAUUCAGAAGAAACUGGAACAGCAAAUGAAUAAGAACAGCGAGUUGGCCGGAGUAUUAAUAAAGUUUGAGGAGCGAGUGAAACAGCGGGACAAGAAGCUGGAAGAUGCGGCCGCCGCCGAAGCAGCGCUUAGGAAGGAGUCAGAGCAUAAGGACACGAUGAUAAAACAGCUAGAGAAGACUGUGGCCGAGCGCGAGAACAGAUUGUACCAAGUGACGUCACAGCUGGAGGAGAUGAAACGAGUGCAGGAAAUGGUCGCCAAGCUGAUGAGCAAGAGUUCUGCUACCCCAGCGAGCUAACACAUGUGUAGUCCUCGGAGCUAUUUUAGAAAUCUUGAUAAAUUUAUAAUGCAUUAUUUUUUCUAUGACAUAGUGCUCGGUAAUACAUUUUUAUAUAAAGUUUUUUUUUCAUAUUAUGCAUAUGAAUAUGUCGACGCAAUUAUGUUGCCUCAAUGGACUGAUAAAUUGAUAAAUGUUAUUGUGUAAAGUAUUUUAUGACAUCACUUUUUAAAUACAUA